AUGAGCACAGUGGAAGUGGCCAACAAAGAUAAAUUAAAACUAGAGUCCUGUAUCGAAGAGCUUACUACCGCAAACCGUCAGCUGGCACGAGAUCGCGAUGACCUCUCACACAGGCAUUCCGUGUCCCGGGAGAGAGCAGCAGAACUAGAGGCCGAGAAUCGAGCUCUGGACGCCGAAGUAAAGAGGAAUGCGGAAUCUCUUCGAAAUGAGCGUGGUACGAACGCGGACCUCCGCCAGCAUUUCGAGAACACCAAACAACGUUGUGAGUCGUUGGAGCGCGAGGUGUCUGACCUGAUGGCUAAACUGCGCGAUGUAGAGGAACGCAUGCGACAGGCUGAAACGCGCUGUGGCCAGCUGGAAUGUGAGCUCAGACUGGAGCAUGAUGAUUACUUGCAGAUACGGGCUAGAACUGAAGCAAUUGAGGACCAACGAGAUAGCCUUGAGGUGAGCACAGACACUUCCUAUUGCAUCUAG